AUGACUUCAGCUCAAAAGUUGAGUUCAGAGGAACUACUUCAAUUUUUAAAUGAUAUCAAGUCCAAUAUAAAUGAUCAAGAUACAGAUUUUAAAAAAUUGAUCUUAUACCUACUACAAUUUUUGAAUUCCAAAUUAAAAGACUUGAAUACAGGGUCGAAGGGAGAUGAUGACAUAUUAAUAAAGAUGGUAGAUACAAUUGAAUUAAUGCUUAGUAAAAAGAUAUAUUUAUUAAAUGUUUCAUUAAAAUAUCAAGAUAUAAGUUUAAUUUACGUUCCCACCUCAAAUUCAAGUUUAAUUAUGAUUCAGGAGAUUUUGUUAUAUGAGUGGCUUAUAUCUUUUAUUUAUUUUCAAUUAUCAACCGUGACAUCAAAACCUAUCAUUUUAAAUCAUUUGAAAAGUUUAUUGAUACAUAUUAUUAAUUUGGUUUCUACAAAAUUAUUUGAUUUCAAAUUCAUUAAACUACUACGAGAAAAUUUGAUCAAAUUAUUGGUUCUGGAUAUUGAUUAUUGCUUUAAUCAAAUCAUAUCAUGUAAUAAUCCAACAUAUUUAAAAAAGUUAAUCUCAGCUUGUCAUUUGUACUCAAUAGUUAACGAUUAUGUUCUAGUCAAAAAAUUAUCACUCAAUUCAAAUGGAUAUCUGCUCAAACUUGAACUUCUCGGUAAGAAACUUAUGCAGAUUUUAAAUGAAGCACAGUUUCUAUAUAAUGAAACAAACUUAAUUAUGAUUGACAAUCUAAAAAGCUUGCUAUUCCUAAAUCAUUUAGAUAAUAUUUUGAUAGAUGAUACAACUAAUUGGAACCAUGUUCAACUUUUGUUAACAUGGAUACUGGAUUUUAUUUAUCAAAAUUUUGAACAAUUGGGGUCUAAAACAAAUGGAUUUGAAUAUCCAAAUAUUGUUCAGUCAAUAUCGAUUGCAUUAUUCAAAAUUUAUUCAUUUUGUGAGGACCAAGACCUAAUUCAUAACUUUAUACAAGCUUUGGAUUUUGAAGGAUUAAUACGUAAACUUCCAGCUGUGAAGUCAAUACCCAUAUCUAUCAAAUGUACUUUAUUUUCAAUAUUCUACCAUUUGGAAUCAAAUCAUAAUUGGUCGACUAAAAUUAGUGAUUCAUCCACCAUUGAUUUUAAAAAUUUUCAAUUCGCUUCAGCUGAGUCAAAUGAUUUAAAAUCACAAUUGAGUAAGGAGAAUAACAAAAUUACAGAUAAACUCAAUUUCAUCAUAUUAGAUAAAUUUAAGUAUCUACCUCCACAAAACUUCAAUGAUAAUGAUGCAGAAAUACAUUGGAUUAGAUAUAUCAGAAGUCUAGUACAAUCUCAGCCAAAAGAGUUGGAGAAGGAUAUUACAAUGUUCACAUUACUUACGGCUUUGAGUAAAUUCAUAACAUUAUCACUGACUCAAUCUCAUGAAGUUAGUAAACAUAGAUUACCGGUUCAAAGUACAACUCAGUCCUUAAUUUUAGACGAAAUCAUUCAUCAAUUUUUCAUACCGAGAAUGGACUACUUGAAAUCCAAACCAUUAGUUGCAUGUAACUUUUUCAUCAUGUUACAAAAUUAUUAUUCUUUGUAUCUUCCACAAUAUGACGAAUCACCAAAUGGCUUACUAAGUAUAAUGCUUCAGAUACUUGAUACCCAUCCGAAUCGUAAUUUACGAAUACUUGUAACUAAAAUAAUUCCGUUAUAUUUAAUAAAAGAGUGUAAUGAAGUAGAACAAGAUAAGAUGUUUAAAUUUAUUUUUCAAAGAACCACUAAAAUCAACUUUACUUCAAAGAACAGACGUCAUUUUGGUGAAUCCACAAUUUAUUCAGUAGUCGAAUUAGCAAAGGUUUCAAAUGGGAAUAGAUUAUACGCAACUUAUCUCAAGUUAGUUGAUUGGCUUGGCGAGCCAAAUGAUCAACAUUCAAAUUAUGCAUAUUGUGGGUUUUUGGAUAUAGCUCAUUUUAAAAAAACUUCACCAUAUAAAAUGCUAUCACCAUAUUUAUCAACGAUUGCAGCUAUAAUAAUUACAAAACCAUUGGUUUGUGAAAGAUUGAUACAAGUAAUGAGUAUACAACGUAAUUAUUUUCUCAACAGAACUAAAGAAUACACUGUACCUAAAUUACUUGAAUAUUUUAAGGAUACAUCUUUAAUUGGACAAAUAGCUGAUGCAGCAAAUAUGUCAAUUCAGAAGUUAUUAGCUUCUAACUUACCCAAAAUACUAGCAUUAUAUCUAGUCCAGGAUCCACUGAAUGAAAGAUACGUGAUAAAAGUUUUGAGUAGUAACUGUCCUGAUUAUAAGCUGGUUUCAACCGAUGAAAUCUUCACAGCACCAGGUGAAAUUGUAUGGUAUAUAUUAUUGGAAAUUCAACUUGAUGAUAAAGGAAAUAUACGAAAUUUGGGUAACAUAAUUUCAGCAUUAGAAAUAGUCGCGAAAAAUUCAAAACAUCAUAAACAUCAAAGAGCUCAAAAGGGGAAAAUUGCAAGUAGUCUAAUUGAAGAACAAAUCUUAUUGUUGGUACAAAAAUUUAGUGAUGUAACCCAUUCUUUAAAAAGUGGUAAACCUUAUAUGGAAAGAAGAAGUGCAUUUCAAGCAAUACUUUAUUUAAUCAAAAAUCAUGCAGUUGCUUUAACUUUUGCUUUGGGUCAAUUGUCCACUUGCUUACAAGCUAUGUUAGAAGAACCAGAUUUUCAUGUCUUGACAUUAACUUGUUGGAGGGAAUUAGUUGAAAAAUUACCAUCCACUCAUUUAAUAUCUUUAAUAGACAUUGCUAUAUCAAUUAUUUUUCAAAAAUUUCAAAGUUUUGGUACGGAAGCUCAAGACAUCGCAAUUGAUAUUUUGAAGAAGAUAUACAAAGAAAUCAAAGACAAAUAUAGCCGAUAUUCAUUAUAUUAUUUAUCAAUUCCGUUUUUGGAUUAUAUGUCAAAUUUUAAUUUCAUUAAAGAAUUUCGAAAUAUGAAAUCAUUAUCAAGAGUUCAAAUUUUUCAAGAAUUUAGUCGAAGAUUAAACACUCAUAAUCAAUAUGUUGUGGAGCAAGCGUUGUUUGAUCUAUAUAAUUAUUUUAAGGAAUAUCAAAUCAAUUGUCAAAAAGAUUUUUUCAAAGAUUCAAGUUUAACUGAUUCAAUUACAGUUUUAGUUCGUACGAUAUUAGAUACCGCUUCACAAUUUAAGAAUAAAAAUCCAAAAAUUACAUCGGAAUGUGCAAAAGUUUUAGCUGUAUUUGGUGCAUUAGAUGCAAAUAAAUUUCAUUUUAAAACUGUAAAACAUCUGAUUAUAGUUCAACAAAAUUUUGAAAAUCAAAAUGAAAAUACAUCUUUUUUGAUAGAUUUAAUUGAAAAUCAUGUUUUAAAAUUAUUUUGGGCGUCAAAUGAUCCACAAAAGCAACUAUUUGCAGCUUUUGCAUUACAAGAAUUCCUAGGAUUAUUGGAAUUAAGUGAUGAUAAAGUUAAGGAUAGUAAUAAUUCAAUAUGGAUGAAAUUUAGUGAUGUUGCCAAAUCAACUUUAACACCAUUUUUAACUUCUAAAUAUACUGCUUCAAGUAAAUCAAAACUAAUUCAAAUUGAAUUUCCAUAUUAUAAAUCUGGUAUGAAAUAUGAAACUUGGUUGAUUGAUUUAACUUUGUAUUUAUUGAAAAAGGGAAGUUAUAAUGGGAAAAAUAAAGAACCAAAUAUUAGAGAAUUAAUUUUUCAAAAUUGUGCAAUUUUAUUAAAAGAUCAAGAUAUUUCAAUUUGUCAACAUUUAUUUAAGUAUACAGUUUUGAGUCAUAUUCUAUGUUUAAACCAUUCCGUUGAGAAAGAGUUAUUAGAAGAAUUCAAACAUAUAUUUAGCAUUGAUACAAAUGCAUCACCAUCUGAUAGAACUGAGGAAUUAAAAUUAUGUUUUCAAACAAUAUUUUCAGUAUUUGAUUAUUGUAAUGAGUGGUUAUCAGCAACUACCCAAAUAGCAAAUACUAAUGGAAGCAGUGUUCAAGAUUCUGUAUCAUCAUCUGAAAUUUGGCUUGAUAAAAUAGAUUUAGUAGAAAGAUUUAUUGGAUCAUUUAAUAUGGAUUUAAUAGCUAUAAAAUCAGCUGAAUGUGAUUCUUAUGAAAGAACUAUAAUGUACAUAGAAAAAUGUUAUCGUGAUGGUCAAAUUAAUUCAGAAUUUAAAUUAGGUGAUUUAGAUGCUGCCAGAACAUUACAAAAUAUGUAUGCAAAUAUAAAUGAUUAUGAUGCAUUAAAUGGAUCAUUGAAAAUAUUUUCUUCAAAUAAUAUGAAUGAAAAAUUAAAAACAUUUCAAUAUAGUGAUAAUUGGAGUCUUGCUUUAGAAUCAUUUAAAGUUGUUGGAGAUGGAUCAUCGAAGGUUUCUGAAAAUAAGGAUUUGUUGAAAGCAUUAAAUGAAUAUGGAUCAUAUAAUGAUGUUUUAUCUAAUUUAUCAGAGCUAACUGAUUUGAGGAAUUUAAGUGAAAUACCCUUAGAUUGGGCGUUGGUAGGUUUAAGAUCAGCUGUAUACUCUGGUAAACCAGAUCAAUUGACGAAAUGGCUUGAAGUGACUGAUUUUUUGGGAAAGCCUAAUGACACUGAAUCGUUAGUCAAUUAUGAGUUGGCACAUUACAUAACUUCUUUAUAUGAUAGAAAUAAAAAAAUCACCAAACAUGAAGAGUCUAUGCAAAACUUAUAUAAGGUUAUCGGAAAUUCAUUGGUUUCAUCAACUUCUUCAAAUUUUAUCAGAAAUGUUAGUCUCAUGAAUCAAUUGCAUGCUAUUUAUGACAUGGAGGAAAUUCUAAGAUCAUCUGAUGAUGCUACUGAUCAAUUGAAAUUAAGAUUGGGUAAUGUUGAUCAAGACUUUGAUACUCAAAACAAAAUCCUAACUCUUCAUUUAGUUGCUAAUCAAAUCAUCAAAAAGGAAAAGAAGAUUUCUGAAAUUUAUUUACAUCAAUCAAAUUUAGCUAGAGAAAGUGGUAGACUUGAUAUUUCAACAAGUUCAAUUGUUAAGGCAAUGGCUUCAAAUAAUCCUGUUGCAAAUAUUGAAUAUUCGAAACUUUUAUGGACUGAAGGUAAACAAUCUGAAGCUAUUAAAAAUAUAUCUGAAAUUUUGAAAACAACUGAAAUCAAUGAUAUAAAGUUUAAAGCUAAAAUUCAACUUCAAUAUGCAAAUUGGUUAGAUGAAUCAAAUCAUUUAUCAGCUAAUCAAAUUAUUGAAGAAUAUACAAAAGCAUUUGAAAUGGAUAAAAAUUAUGAAAAUUCAAGUUAUGAUAUUGGGAAAUAUUUUAAUAAAUUAAUGGAUUCUUCAAAAGAUGAAUCAGGUUAUUAUCAACAUUUAACAGUAAGAAAUUUUAUACGUGCUGUAUCUAUCGGUUCACUGUUUAUAUUUGAAGCAUUACCUAAAUUAAUUACAAUUUGGUUAGAUUUCGCAAAAUUAUCAAAACAUAAAAAAAUUGGUGAUAAAAAAUUAAAACAAAUUAUACAAGAUUUAACUGAUGGAUUAAAGACAGUGCCAACAUAUGCUUGGUAUACUGCUAUAACACAAAUAUUAUCAAGGAUAGUUCAUGAGCAUGAACCAUCUUAUAAGAUUUUAGCUACCAUUGUUGCAACAAUCAUAUCUGAAUAUCCUCGUCAUAGUUUAUGGUAUGUUUUAUCACACACGUAUUCAGGUGAUCAAAAAAGAAAAGAUAGAAUUAAUAAAAUUUUGGUUCAUUCAAGGAAAAGAAAAGAUCAUGAAACUUUAAUAUUAGAAGCUCAAGAUUUAUUUUCUAAAUUUAUAAGUAUUGCUCAAAAGACUGUAAAUAAAUCUGCAAGAGUUAGACAACUAUCAUUAACUAAAUAUUUUAAUUUCCCAGAUAUUAAUCGAGCUUAUGAUCAAUUAGUUAUACCAGUUCAAUCAAAUCUACAAAUCAGGAUACCUCAUAAAGAAGCUACAUCAUAUACAGCUUUUCCAAGAAGUGCAUCAGUAACAUUUAAUGGGUUUUAUGAUCAAGUUAAUAUCUUCUUUUCGUUACAAAUGCCUAGACAAAUUACGAUCAAAGGAUCUGAUGGUAAAAAUUAUAGGUUAAUGAUUAAAAGUGAUGAUACAAGAAAAGAUGCAAAAGUUGUUGAAUUUACAACAAUGGUAAAUCGUAUAUUAUCAACCAGUACUGAAGCAAGGAAAAGAAAUUUAAAUGUUGCAAAUUAUUCAGUUAUACCACUUUCUGAAAAUAUUGGAAUAAUAGAAUUUGUUACAAAUGUACAAACAAUGAAAAGUAUAAUAAAUGAACAAAGGAAAAGAAAAGGUAAAACUGUUAAUGAAAGACAAAUUUUUAAUAGUAUAAAUCAAGCUCAAAAGAAUUUCAAUGAAAAAAAUAAAGAUAAUAAAUCAAUGAAACAUUUAAUUGAAUUAUUUAAAUCAAUAUGUGAAAAAAAUCCUCCACUUUUACAUCAAUGGUUUAUUGAAAAUUUUCCUGAUCCAAGUCUGUGGUAUAUGGCAAGAAAUUCUUUUAUAAGAUCAUCUGCAGUUAUGUCAAUUGUUGGAUAUCUUAUAGGAUUAGGUGAUAGACAUUGUGAAAAUAUAUUAUUUUUUAAAAAUUCAGGAUCAAUUUUACAUAUUGAUUUUGAUUGUUUAUUUGAAAAAGGUUUAACAUUACCAACUCCAGAAAUUGUACCAUUUAGAUUAACUCAAAAUAUGGUUGAUGCAAUGGGAAUAGUUGGAGUAGAUGGAAGUUUUAGAAUAUCAUGUGAACAAACUGGAAAAUUAUUAAGAUUAAAUGAACAAUCAUUAAUGAAUAUUUUAGAAACUUUAUUAUAUGAUCCAUUAUGUGAUUGGAAAAUUAAUUCAGAACCUCAAAAUGAUUUAUUAAAAGUUCGUAAAAAAACAAGAGGUUUAAUUAAUGAAGAAGAAGGUUUAGUUAUGAAUAUUCAUGGUCAAGUUGAUUUUUUAAUUCAAGAAGCUACUUCAAUUGAAAGAUUGGCUCAAAUGUAUGGUGGUUGGUCUGCUUAUAUCUAA